AUGGUCUCUAUAUAUCUUCUUGCCCUUUGGGCGCUUCCACUUGUUUCCGCUGCUCCUUUGGAUCUACUGGGUGGCCUAGGUAAUGCACUAGAGAACACAGGCAACGGUGUCAACAAUCUUGUUGACGAACCACUGGGACCGAUAUUGCCAAUCGACCAGAUUGUGAAGAACCCAGCGAAUAUCGUUGAGAAUGUCAACAAUCUCUUAGGCGAUAUAAUCCCCAGCAGAGUGGACUCCGAAUCUCAACUCGACGAAGUUCUGAACAACAUCCGCCAGUCGGUACACGAAAGCGAGGAGAUCUUCGCGACGUUCGCCGGUCUCUUUCAAGCAAUCGUCCAAGCUUACACGCCAGACUCAAUCCCGGAUGCUCUUCAGCGUCUAGAGAAGCUCUUCGGCGACGGCAACGCUGGCGUCACUCUCGAAAAUGUUGGCCUCGCCCUCCUCAACGGCCUCUCCGUUACCGACCUGACCCAGAAUGUCCUCGCAAGCUAUCUUCCAGGCAUCAACUCUUUCAACAACACGAAUCCCUCGAUGCGUCAGCGCAUCUACCCUCGCGCCUCCCCCAACGACCCCUCCUACACCAUUCCGGACCGCGCCAUCCUCUUCGUGCCCGGCACUGGCGCCUUCGCGGGCGUCAACUUCGCUUCCAACCUCGGCAAGCUCCUCUCUUCAGACUACGACAUCACCUACCUCAACAUCCCAGGCGCCAUGUACAACGACAUCCAGCUGAACGCCGAAUACAUCGCCUACGCAUCCCACUACCUCUCUGCGCUCACCUCCCGCACCGACGUCGCCAUUAUAGGCUGGUCUCAGGGCAAUCUAGCCACACAAUGGGUCUUCCAAUACUGGCCCUCUACCCGAGCCCUAGUCACAGACUUCAUCUCCGUCUCCCCGGACUUCCACGGCACCACGCUCGCCUACUUCCUCUCUCCCACCGUGCCCAUUCCCACAUCUGAAGGCCACGUCAUCCCCAGUCCGCCCUCCAUCUUCCAGCAGCAAUACUCCUCCGACUUUAUUCGCACUCUUCGCAAUGGUGGCGGCGCUGCGCCAUACGUUCCUAGUACCAGCAUCUGGAGUAUUACCGAUGAGAUUGUGCAGCCGCAGUACGAUCCUGUUGCGUCGGCCGCGUACUUCACGCAGGAGUUGCCUGUGAGCGAAUCGCAGACUUGCGCUGCUCACGAGAACCAGCGACCGGAUGUGCCGUACUCAAACAAUCAGAUUCAGUCAAUCUGUCAAGGUCAGCCCGCGGGAGGGUUCUACCCGCAUGAGGGCGUCCUCUAUAACCCCCUAACAUACGCACUCACAAUCGACGCACUCACCCACGACGGCCCCGGGCUCGUCUCCCGCCUCGAGAAUCUCGAACCGAUCUGUGCGGAAGUGGUGGCGCCGGGAUUGAGUCUGGAGGAUGUGCUUGCCACGGAGGGAUUGAUUCCGCUGGCAGCGAUUAAUCUGCUUUUGUAUCCAGGGAAGAUGCUGGAGGAGCCGGAGCUGAUGCACUAUGCGAUGGGAGAUGGUGUGUGUGAAUGA